ACCAACAUCGUUUAUGGGAAUCCUAAAAUGAAAGCUGUUCUAUUUACACCCGGUGGCGCAGAGAACCUACAUAUCGGCACAGCUCCGAAGCCAACAGCCGAAAAGACACGAGUGUUGAUCCGCGUGGAAUACACGGCAUUGAAUCGGGCAGACACUCUCCAAAGGCGAGGACUCUACCCUCCCCCUGCUGGGGAAUCGGACAUUCUUGGACUUGAGGUGUCUGGUGUGAUAGAAGGAGGAGGGUAUGCAGAAUAUGUUGCUGUUGAAGAGGUCCUUGUCAUGCCCGCACCUGAUUCUCUUGAAUUUUCUGAAGCUGCAGCCAUUCCUGAAGCAUGGCUAACAGCAUAUCAACUUCUGCACUUUCUUGGGAGAGUUAGAAGUGGUGAUGUGGUGCUUAUCCAUGCUGGUGGCAGUGGUGUUGGAACAGCACUGGUACAGCUGUCAUUAGUAGCUGGAGCACGGCCAUAUGUGACUGCAGGCUCAGAGGAAAAGAUCAAAAUGGCAGAGUCACUUGGAGCCAAAGGAGGCUUCAAUUAUAAGACGGGAGAUUUUUCCAACUGGAUAGAAAGUGUGACAGGAGGAAAAGGGGCAGAUGUAAUCCUUGACUGUGUUGGUAGUUGCUUCUGGGAGCAAAACAUUAGGAGCCUCGCUCUUGAUGGUCGUUGGGUACUGUAUGGUUUGUUAGGAGGAGGAAACGUGAGUGGGAACUUACUCAGAGAUUUGUUAAAAAAGAGAGGAUCACUCAUAGCCACAACACUGAGAAGUAGAUCUCUUGAGUACAAGGCAGAAUUGGUGCAGGCAUUUACAGAAACCAUUGUUCCACUAUUUGCCACUGGUAAACUGAAGACCAUUGUGGACUCAGUGUUCACGAUGGAUCAGAUUCAACUUGCUCAUAAGAAGAUGGAGUCCAACCAAAACAUUGGAAAAAUAGUUAUUAAGAUAGCUACACCUCAAGUAGAUGAAAACGUCACAAAAAACAAAUCUGAACUCUGAUCUGCAUUUGGCUCUCAAGGCCAGGUGUAGGUUAGCUUCUCAACCACUCCCCCCUGGCAGGGGUGAA